GUACGACGACAGCUCACCUUCUUCACAUCUUGCCUAAUGCGGGUUGCGCCCGCGUCUUGCAUGCUUUGAAGUAGCUUCAAACCGGGGAUGCUGCUCGAACAUGGAGAUCGUAUGGCAGUCGGGCGAAAAGGUUCCGAAGAAACGGACGACUGCAGCAUGCCUAACUUGUCGUGCACGCAAGAAACGGUGCUACCACCUUGAGGAUCGCGGGAUCAGGAGGAAGGAACAAACUCACAGAGCCGAAAAACGAGUUCAAAGGCCUUAUCAAGGAACCGAUACCAGCGAAUCUACCCCAAGCCCCGGUCGCGUGAGCGAGUAUAACCCUGAAUCCGUUCUGACAGCUCUGUCAGAGGAUGCCGAACCAGGGAUAAACACUUUAGCACAGACACCUCAUCUGGUAGCAUCGCGGCCUACUCCACAAGCUAUAGUGCCUAGUCCAUCUGUCGCAUGCGAACCACGGCGCAGACUGGCAUGGUACAAGCAACACAAAAUUCGCGCCGCGCCGCCACACUUAUCUGAAUCAUAUCGAAAGUAUCUCCAAGAAGAAGGAGCAUUCACCGCACUGCCCAAAACAACUACAGAUGCUCUCUUGUCUCUGUAUAAUUCGACAUUAGACGAUCUCGUGCCUAUUGCGGAUGGCCCUGCUGUAUUCCGCCAUCACAGCAACGGAAACGCAUCUAUAUAUUUGGUGAGGGCAAUAUGUCUCGUGGUAUGCAAAACAGAGCACGCUGUUCCUUUCUUGCGCCUGACUGAGUCCGGUCCCCUGCUCGAACCUUUGGGUUUUGCGUCAAAACUACUGGCCGGACUAGAUGCUGCUAUCAAAGCAGAUCUUGAGCCCGACCGCAUUAUCAAGAUUCAGAUUCUGGCACUGAUGCACUUACACAACGAUGGACUAGCCGGCGUUGACCGCGCCUCAAAUUAUCUUUCCCAGGCCAUCUGCGAAGCGUGGUCCAUGUGUAUACAUCUAAAAAUACCUGGCAAUCCUGAUGAUACCGAGUGCAAGUAUCUGUGGUGGUCACUUCGAAACUUUGAUCGUUUGGGUAAACCAAUCAUGGCAGCCGCGCCAUUCUUUAUUGAUGAUGCAGAUAUUGGCGUGGAACGGAUAUUGCCCAGCAAGGAUAGCUAUCGCUCUCAAAUCAUGACUGUGGCCCUAAGGCUCGGAGACCUAAUGACUAUCGCAACAAAAGCAUACAAAGCCAGCUCCACGACGAUGGUUGAUGGUUGCUGGGAAUUUCCGACACUCCCAGAAGUUAUGGGGGGAAGUAGUUUCGAUGAGUUCCACAUGUCACAUCAAGCAUACUUGGAGACAUGGUAUCAUGUUGCCGCCAUGUUAUCUUGUCGCUACAAUGGACCAGGCACUGUACAAUACACCCGCCGUCUCAAGUCAGCGGAUCGAGUACUUGCAAUCGUCUCUCGCGAAGGGUGUGAAGGCCUCCCUCCGCUUCCACUAGUACCUUACGCGAUGUCCAUGUCUACUACGGUCAUCUACCGUGCAUUACAUGAUGGCGCAAGAGAUAUGAUUGCAGCACGAGAAGACCUCCAAAGAUGUUGCAAUGCGCUAGAUUGUCUCAGCCAACGAUGGACCAGCGUGAGGGGUGUAGCUAAGCUUGCAAAGCGACUUCACAGACUGAUAAGUGAUGGGACAUUGAGGGGCUUACAAGUUGCACAUCGACCAACGUCUGGUACCACCACAGUCUCCAAGUUACCCACAUCCGCCAACAUGAGUGCCAUUACAGACCAAGUAGGAGAUUUGUAUAGCGAUGAAGCUUUACAAAGGCAGCUCAGUGAGAUAUGGCCAAGCUUCGACGCAUCCUACUCUCAGAUGGACUGGGCUUUCCACGACUAUGGCUUUGAUAUGGAGUUCCCUAGUCCCUUCGAUGAUUUUCCAGUUUGAGGUUUUGGAAAGAGGGUGAAAGUCAUUACAGGCUACGACUCAAGAAUGCAUAAACAGGUAGACAGGAGAGUAGGGGUAGAACAUUCAGCCAUACUCUUUCUACAAACUACUUGAUUGGGAAGGAGCUUCAUAGAAGGAGAGAUGGAACUGUGCACAAUAUCUUUGUGAUCUGUAAACGCCACGAAGUUCACCACAGCCGGAUAGAUAAGCUGAUUAGCAGGAGAUGCAGGCAUAUCGUCUUUCGUUCUACUAGACCAUAGACAGACCAACGGGUUCAUUUCUACCCUCACGUCAUGUUCUCCAGUGUCGUCCACGAAGCGCUCAGAACUACCCUCACUUUUCACUUCUCUUGUUCCUACCCCAGUUGGUAAUGAC